CUAUUACGAACACCGAACUGUUGGUGCCACUACCUCAUCACGUGUCUAGACGGAGUCAUGCGACGACAAGUUGUGAAAAUUUGCUGUGUCACCGCUAUUCUACCAAUCACAAGCCGUGUCGGUAAAUCGUGCGAGUCCGGUAUCUGGCUCCCCGUUAUACCGCGAUCAGCCGGUCGAUGAGACACAGACAACACCAGCCAACAGCCACAUUAUAUUUGACCAGCAAACUAUCCGAACAUGGCGGGCGAUGUCAGGUCACUGGGUAAGCCGGGUUACAAGUUUACGAACUGGGCAACAACCUACUCAUGCCGCCCGGAACUGUACUUUGAGCCAGAAACAACGGAGGAAGUCAGACAGAUACUGGCAUUUGCACAGGAGAAAGGUAAAAAGGUGAAGGUCAUUGGAUAUGGUCAUUCGCCAUCAGACCUUGCGUGUACCACUGAUUACAUGAUCAGCCUCAGUCGCUACAACAAGGUAGUCAAGGUUGACACAGCCUCUCUCCAGGUGAUGGUGCAGGGGGGAUGCCUGGUGCGGGAUCUCAACAACAAUAUACUGCCUUCACAUGGCAUGGCCUUCAGUGUAUUGGGGACAGUGUCGGAGUUGACGGUUGCUGGUGUGAUAUCAACUGGAACCCAUGGCACUGGCGCCAACUACGGCACCAUUUCUUCAUAUGUUGUUGCCAUGGAGAUCAUGACUGCAUCAGGGGAGAUUAUUGAAGUUUCUGCAGAGAAGAAUGAAGAGUUAUUCCUGGCAACGACGCUGUCUUUGGGGAGUCUUGGCAUCAUCCUCACCGUGACGUUCCAGUGUGAACCAGCUUACAACCUCCAACAGAAACACUAUCCCGCAAAACUAGACCAGGUGCUGGAGAAUCUCAAUACAUACGUCACAUCCUCCGACCACUUCCGAUUCUUCUGGUUUCCUCACACUGACGACGUCGUCUGUUACCAUGCAAGCCGAACUAAAGAGGAGCCAUGUGUGAAGGGGAGCUGGUUCAGGGACAUGCUGGUCGGCUACUACAUUCUACAGAUCCUGUACUGGCUCAGCACGUUCCUGCCCCUCCUGGUGCCCUCCAUCAACCGCUUCUUCUUCCACACUCUGUACUCAUCCUGCGCUGAGAAGGUCGACAGGUCCGACAAGAUCUUCAACUUCAACUGCCUCUUCAAGCAGUAUGUCAUGGAAUGGGCCAUACCGAGAGACAAGACGGCGGUCGUGUUGUUUGAGCUUCGGAACUGGAUACAGCAGAGCAGGUUCCCGGCGCACUUCCCCGUGGAGGUCCGCUUCGUGAAGGGUGAUAACAUCUACCUCAGUCCUGUUCACGGCUGGGACGCCUGCUACAUCAACAUCAUCAUGUACAGACCUUUCAACAAGUUUGUCCAGAAUGACAAAUAUUGGACAGCUUUCCAGAAGAUAGUCUCGGAUGUUGGAGGCCGACCACACUGGGCUAAGGACCACAAGCUGGGACGAGAAGAUUUCCAGAAGCUCUACCCAAAGUUUGAAGCUUUCUGUAAAAUCAGGGAAAGCUUGGAUCCUAAUGGAAUGUUCUUGAACUCUAAUCUGGAACGUGUGUUUGGACAAAGCCCCUCUUUCACAAAAAUUGUUUGAUAUAAUGUAUAACUGUAUACUGAUGACAUAUGCCUGUACAUCUAUUUAUUCACUACAAUAUAGCCUGGUCAACUGUCUACAUCCAUUUUAUCACUACAAUAUAGCCUGGUCAACUGUUUUCAUCCAUUUUAUCACUACAAUAAAGCCUGGUCAGCUGUCUACAUCCAUUUCAUUCCUGCAAUAAUGCCUGGUCAACUGUCUACAUCCAUUUCAUUCCUACAAUAAUGCCUGGUCAACUGUCUACAUCCAUUUCAUUCCUACAAUAAAGCCUGGUCAACUGUCUACAUCCAUUUCAUUCCUACAAUAAUGCCUGGUCAACUGUCUACAUCCAUUUUAUCACUACAAUAAAGCCUGGUCAACUGUUUACAUCCAUUGUAUCACUACAAUAUAGCCUGGUCAACUGUCUACAUCCAUUUUAUCACUACAAUAAAGCCUGGUCAACUGUCUACAUCCAUUUUAUCACUACAAUAAAGCCUGGUCAACUGUCUACAUCCAUUUUAUCACUACAAUAAAGCCUGGUCAACUGUUUACAUCCAUUUUAUCACUACAAUAAAGCCUGGUCAACUGUCUACAUCCACUUUAUCACUACAAUAAAGCCUGGUCAACUGUUUACAUCCAUUGUAUCACUACAAUAAAGCCUGGUCAACUGUCUACAUCAAUUUUAUCACUACAAUAAAGCCUGGUCAACUGUUUACAUCCAUUGUAUCACUACAAUAUAGCCUGGUCAACUGUCUACAUCAAUUUUAUCAAUACAAUAAAGCCUGGUCAGCUGUCUUCAUCCAAUUCAUUCCUACAAUAAAGCCUGGUCAACUGUUUACAUCCAUUUUAUCACUACAAUAAAGCCUGGUCAACUGUUUACAUCCAUUGUAUCACUACAAUAUAGCCUGGUCAACUGUCUACAUCCAUUUUAUCACUACAAUAAAGCCUGGUCAACUGUCUACAUCCAUUUUAUCACUACAAUAUAGCCUGGUCAACUGUCUACAUCAAUUUUAUCAAUACAAUAAAGCCUGGUCAGCUGUCUUCAUCCAAUUCAUUCCUACAAUAAAGCCUGGUCAACUGUUUACAUCCAUUUUAUCACUACAAUAAAGCCUGGUCAACUGUUGACAUCCAUUGUAUCACUACAAUAUAGCCUGGUCAACUGUCUACAUCCAUUUUAUCACUACAAUAAAGCCUGGUCAACUGUCUACAUCCAUUUUAUUCCUACAAUAAAGCCUGGUCAACUGUUUACAUCCAUUUUAUCACUACAAUAAAGCCUGGUCAACUGUCUACAUCCACUUUAUCACUACAAUAAAGCCUGGUCAACUGUUUACAUCCAUUUUAUCACUACAAUAAAGCCUGGUCAACUGUCUACAUCAAUUUUAUCACUACAAUAAAGCCUGGUCAACUGUUUACAUCCAUUUUAUCACUACAAUAAAGCCUGGUCAACUGUCUACAUCAAUUUUAUCAAUACAAUAAAGCCUGGUCAGCUGUCUUCAUCUAAUUCAUUCCUACAAUAAAGCCUGGUCAACUGUUUACAUCCAUUUCAUUCCUACAAUAAAGCCUGGUCAACUGUCUACAUCAAUUUUAUCAAUACAAUAAAGCCUGGUCAGCUGUCUUCAUCUAAUUCAUUCCUACAAUAAAGCCUGGUCAACUGUUUACAUCCAUUUUAUCACUACAAUAUAGCCUGGUCAACUGUCUACAUCAAUUUUAUCAAUACAAUAAAGCCUGGUCAGCUGUCUUCAUCCAAUUCAUUCCUACAAUAAAGCCUGGUCAACUGUUUACAUCCAUUUUAUCACUACAAUAAAGCCUGGUCAACUGUUUACAUCCAUUGUAUCACUACAAUAUAGCCUGGUCAACUGUCUACAUCCAUUUUAUCACUACAAUAAAGCCUGGUCAACUGUCUA